AUGAGAGUGAACAUCAGAUUGACCACCGAAACAAGCUACGUUGUUACAGUUGAUGAAAAUGCUACAGUUGAGGAUUUGAGAGCUGCAGCUACUGCUGGAUGCCCCUCACACUCCGUUUUACCCGAAGACUUCAAACUUAUCUUUAACGGAGCGAAAUUAGAUUCCUCAAAUGGUUUGUUAUCUGACUGUGGAAUGUCUUGUAAUGAGACUACCGUAAUUUUGAUGAGUACAAGUGAUGUUACUGCCUCUGCUUCAACGGGUACCUCUGUUUCUUCUUCGUCUUCCCAUCGCAAGAAGAAGAAGUCUAAGUGCUCAUUCCAACUGUGCUCCUCCACCCCUUUGAGAAUUGUUGGAGCAUGUUCUCACUGCUCGGGUAAUUUCUGUGCAAAACACCGUCUCUUGGAAGACCAUUUAUGUAUAGCAUUGCAAAGGUGCAAGGAUGCAGCCCAUGAGAAGAAUGCCAUGAAAUUACAGAGUGAGUCAACUUUGCGUUCUCAAGUUGCUAGAGUAUAG